UCCAUAGACAGUGCACUUGAGUCUGGGAGGCUAGAUUUCCCAGUUGUAUAGCAACCUGUCCAAAGCUCCAGAACGUCCAAACAACUGGCCACUGACCAGUCAAAAUGUCGGACACCAAUCUGUCAGUCGUGCUGCACAAGAAAGGCGAUCUUAGACUGGAAGAUCGUCCGAUCCCGGAACCAAAGGAAGGGGAGGUACAGUUGUCUAUGCGUAAAGUUGGAAUAUGUGGAUCAGAUGUGAAAUACUGGACAGCCGGGGGUAUUGGUCAUUUUGUGGUCACUCAUCCAAUGCUUCUCGGACACGAGUGUAGUGGAGUGGUCAGCAAGGUUGGCAAAGGGGUGACACACCUGAAGCCAGGUGACCGUGUUGCUAUUGAGCCUCAUGACAUCUGCCGUAAAUGUGAGUUCUGCAAAUCUGGAAGCUACAAUCUGUGUAAAGACGUGUUCUUCCUGGCAACUCCACCAGACAAUGGUGCACUGGCCAGAUACCAUACACACGCUGCCGAUUUUGUUUUCAAGUUACCCGAUAAUGUGAGUUUUGAGGAGGGUGCCUGUGUGGAGCCCCUGUCGGUGGGUCUCCAUGGCUGUCGUAGAGCCGGAGUUACCUUAGGGAGUCGUGUCCUUGUUUGUGGAGCCGGCCCAAUUGGCCUGUGUGCGAUGCUGAGUGCCAAGGCUUUAGGUGCAGCUGCUGUGUGUAUGACAGACAUUGACAGCAAGCGACUUGAGUUUGCAAAGAAAUGUGGCGCCACGCACACCUUGGUGGUUACUAGGGAUGAUCAGCCCGAGGAUGUGGCCGUCAAAGUAGCCAGUUUGAUAGGAAGCGCCCCACAACACACUGUAGAAUGCAGCGGAGCUCAGUUCUCUGUCAACCUGGGAGUUCAUGCCACGCGAUCAGGAGGGACAAUGGUGGUGAUUGGUCAUGGUCCCGAUAACGUUUCGUUUCCUGUGGCCAGUGUCAUCACCCGGGAGAUCACACUGAAGGGCUCGUUCCGAUACAUGAACACCUGGCCCACAUGCCUGGAGAUGAUAUCCCAUGGAAAGAUUGAUGUUAAACCCCUCAUCACUCACAUGUUUUCUUUGGAGGAAACACUGAAGGCCUUCGAAACUGCUAAAUCCGGAGAAGGGGUCAAGGUCAUUAUUGACUGCGAGAAGAAAGGGUGACAAGAAUCGCUGAUAAAGGAGUGAAGAUCAUUCAGAAAGAAAAUAUGAAGGUCAGGACAGGAAGAAAGAAGCAUGCAGUGACAAUCCAUUUAAGUCUUCCUGGCCUUCCUGACAUUUAUAAUUCUAAAUUUAAUAAAAGGCAGAUUGUCACAUGAUUUAUAUUUUUGUAUCUAUAGAAUAAAACAAUUUUAUAUCAGAA